UGUUUUUUGACCAAUAAUGAAACUCCCAAAAAACCCUCUAAAAUGUUACCAUUUCUUCAAACAUGAAGAAAAAAAAGUUGUUUCUUCCAUUUUAACUUCACAAUCCAUACAUUUUUCUCAAACAAGGCAAUAUUCAACUGCAUCAACAAUGUCUGAUCCAUCAUCAACAACCACGGUUAAUACGAAUUCAUUGUUAUUUAUGAACCAAUCACCUGUGAAAAACGCGUUGUGGGAGGCACGAUCGAGUAUUUUCUUCAGUUAUUCAUCAAUUGUUCCAUUGGCAUCGUCAAUUGAUGAUCAUUUGAUCGUUAAAACUCCGUCUAGGAGCAGGACUAGUGUUGUAUAUAGAUUUUCUUCGGAUUUUGAACUUCGGGAGAGGUAUAGGAACCCGAUGAAUGAGAUUCGAAUUGAAAAGUUGUUAGAAGACUUGGAUGCACUAGCUGGAACCAUUUCCUAUAAGCAUUGUUCUAGUGAUGAUGGCAAAGCAAGGUCAUUAAUAUUGGUGACUGCAUCUGUAGAUAAUAUGAUUUUGAAAAAAGCAAUUUGUAUUGAUAGUGAUCUCACUAUAGAGGGGGCUGUUACAUGGGUUGGAUGUUCAUCUUUGGAGAUUCAAUUAGAGGUCAAGCAAUCUAGAUCAGAACCAACCAAUUCCAAAGAGUCAGUAUCUCUUACAGCAAACUUCACAUUUGUAGCAAAAGACAAGAGAGGAAAAUCAGUUAAAAUCAACCAAAUUUUACCUCAAAAUGAAAAAGAAAAACAUCUAUGGGAAGAAGCAGAAGAAAGAAACAAAAGGAGAAAGAAGAAAAAAGAAGAAAAAAAAGACAAUUUGAAUGAAUUAUUGUUGGCAAAUAUUAAAGACAACAACAAUAACAUUUUAAUUAAUGAAACUUGUCUUCAAAAUUCUUUGGUUUGCCAACCAGAGAAAAAUAACAUUCAUGGACAAAUAUUUGGAGGUUAUUUAAUGAGGAAAGCUUAUGAAUUGGCAUAUGCAACUGCUUAUUCAUUUGCUAGGACUCCACCUUGCUUUGUGGAAGUUGAUCAUGUUGAUUUCUUGAAACCAGUAGAUGUUGGAGAUUUCCUUCACCUCAAAUCAUGUGUUAUAUACACACAAGUUGAAAAUUCAUCUAGGCCUUUGAUUAAUGUGGAAGUGGUAGCUCAUGUUACACAGCCCCAAGAUCUUUCUAGUGAGGUUUCAAACAAUUUCUACUUCACUUUCACAGUCCCCUCAGAUUCACUAAGAAAUGGCUUGAAAAUUAGGAAUGUUGUUCCUGGUACAAAGGAGGAAGCGCGGCGUGUGAUAGACGUACGGAAUACCUUUCACCCUGAUCAUAAUUCUCGAAUUUGAGUCUGAGUCUGUGAAUGUGAAUCUGAAUUAAUCGAACUUGUGAUGGUACCACAUGCCAAUUUUUAUUUUUUUUUGCCUAUAGAGUCAUUUGUUGAUGUACUUCCAAUAUAUUUUUUAUUUGUUAUCAUAUGUGAUUAUUGGUACAUUCAAUCAUUAGGCGAUCUUUUAGA